AUGUCUAGACCAGGAGAUUUCGAUCAUCUGUGCAGUACUGAAGUCAGGCUCGAACAACCUUCACCCUCACCCAGUGCGACGUUUAUCCUCGAUGAUAAAUUGUCUGAAGAAUACCAAACCAUGACGCAGGAAGAAUAUGAUGAAUACCUCGGCCAUCCAUUUGCGGCACUCAAGUUCUCAUGUCAUAACCUCUUCGACCCCGCCCAACAGGGCUUUAUACGGCUCUACUAUCAAAUUCCGAUUGAUGGUACUAUUUCUCACUCCCCUCAAGUCCGAGCUCAGCAAGCUCUCACUCAGCACACCCACGCAGAAGUCAAGGCUCUCAUAAGUCUUGAUCAUAAGAAUUGCCCCGCAGUCCCAAAGUUACUUGGUUAUGGUAACCGGGUGCAAGGCCUAGAAGAUUAUGCCCCUGGAGGUUAUAUUAAUUAUGUCGCGUGGACACGGGUGGCCGGUGAGCCGAUUACCUCCGUUUGUUACUGGGGAUGUGACCUCGCAUACCGGGAGGAGGUGCGUUCCGCUUUCCGCGCUGCUUAUAGGCAUAUUUCUGGAUUCCGUGAUCCCGAUACCUUAGAGCCCGAACCAUUAUCCAAUGUGACAUACGCAAUUUGGAGAUUAGUGAAGCCAGCUCGCAGGCUAGACUGGAUGCGUGAUAGCUCUGACUGGGAAUGGUGA